AUGACGACACCACUACCUGCCCGAUUCAAGCCGCCUCCCUUCGACCGGUAUGAUGGAACCACUGACCUGACGGAUCACAUCAACUAUUUCAAUACGAUGAUGACCAUGUAUGGGGAGAUGGAAAUCAUGUCCUGUCGAGCUUUCCCUUCAUCCCUUAGAGGCGAGACGACCUCAUGGUUCUCAUGGAUGCCACCGAACUCCAUCACAAGCUUCGCUCAGCUUUAUCGAGUCUUUGUCACGUAUUUUCAGAGUAGUAUGAAGCACAAGAAGACAAUGGUCAACCUCCUUAGCUUGAAGCAAAGGCCUGAUGAGUCGAUUCGAGCAUUUGUCUCUCAUUUUAACAAGGAAUCCUUAGACAUCAAGGAUUUGGAUGAGGCCACGACACACACGGCGAUGAGCAACGGUCUCACAGACAUGGACCUCAUCAAGGACUUGGCCCGGAAACCAACCAAGAACAUGGUUGAACUCUUAGAGAGGUGCAACGAGUUCGCAAACAUGGCGAAGGCACUCCAAGCAUGGAAGGCGAUUGAAAGCAAGAUCGAUAAGAAAAGGCAGACAAGCGAUGAUCGUAAAGAUGAAAAGCUGACUAAGACUGACCGUCGAGCCGAGAGGAUGGACUGA